AUGAGGAGAAAAACAACUGUACAAGCUGUGGCAGUUCCUGUUGUAUCUUCCCCACCUGAUAGCUCCCCAUCUCCAUUAGAGAGUGCAGAAUACAGAAAACAGUUGUGCGAGAGCUAUGGUUUUAAGCAAAUUGGAGAACCACUUCCUGACAAUGUUACAUUGAAGGAUAUAGUUAACACCCUUCCCAGCAAGGUAUUCGAGAUUGAUGAUGUGAAAGCAUGGAAGUCUGUUUUGAUAUCUGUCACUUCAUAUGCCUUGGGAAUGUUCGUGAUCUCUAAAGCUCCAUGGUUUUUACUCCCUUUGGCAUGGGCAUGGACUGGGACUGCAAUAACUGGGUUCUUUGUUAUAGGCCAUGAUUGUGCGCAUAAAUCAUUCUCAAAGAACAAAUUGGUGGAAGACAUUGUUGGGACUCUGGUUGGAAAAGGAUACAGCUUGGCACCCUGUCUGGCAAGAGGAGAUCAAUUCAUCUCCAAUUUUACGUUGAUGUGGCACUUCGAUACAAAGAAAUUCAGGCCAAAUGAAGUUAAUAGGGUGAAGAUAAGCUUGGCUUGUGUUUUUGCAUUUGUUGCAAUGGGGUGGCCACUGAUUAUCUACAAGACAGGGAUCAUGGGAUGGAUCAAGUUCUGGUUGAUGCCAUGGUUUGGUUAUCACUUUUGGAUGAGCACUUUCACGAUGGUUCAUCACACAGCACCUCAUAUACCCUUUAAAUCUUCAAAUGAGUGGAAUGCGGCUCAGGCUCAGCUCAAUGGGACUGUUCACUGUGACUAUCCUCAUUGGAUAGAGACCCUUUGCCAUGAUAUAAAUGUCCACAUCCCUCAUCAUAUUUCUCCAAGGAUACCAAGCUAUAAUUUGCGGGCAGCUCAUGAGUCACUUCAUGAGAACUGGGGAAAGUAUCUAAACGAGGCUACUUGGAACUGGCGUCUCAUGAAGACCAUAAUGACAGUAUGCCAUGUUUAUGAUAAGGAGCAAAACUACAUUGCCUUUGACGAAGUUGCCCCUGAAGACUCUCACCCCAUUAAGAAGAAAAGCAAUGCAGUAAGCUCUGAGGAAGUCAGUAAUUUUGCCGUGUAG